GCAGCAUUUGGGGCUCUUCCAAAAAAGACAAGAAGAAAGCUGGCAAAAAGGACGAGGUUCCAUCCGAUUCACUAGCCAAGAUCAUUGAACCAGAUGACAACGAUGACUGGAUGAAUUGGGGUCAGAGCACUGACAAAAAGAAAGACAAAUCUUCCAAAUCAAUUACCGACGACGUUCCGCCCCCAUCUCCAACUCCGCCGCCCGCUGUCCCAGAAAUUGGCGAUGCAGGUGCUACCGAUGACUUUUUUGCUGAUGGCUGGGGUUCAUCAAAGAAAGACAAGAAGAAGAAGGGCAAAACGUUUGCAUUUGCGUCCCCUGAAGCUUCGUUCCACUUUGAUGAUUCGAUCAAGCCCACCGAAAUUGAAGAGCCCAAGGCAGCCGACGAUAUUUGGGGUACUACAUCUUCGAAAAAGGACAAGAAGAAGGGUAAAGGCAAAAACAUCCCUGUCGAAGUUGUGGAUGAAGCUCCAGCUCCAGAGCCCCCUGUUGUCGAAGAAAGUAAGCCUGCUAACGACGAUUGGAUGGGUACUUGGGCAUCAUCUAGCAAGAAAGACAAGAAAGGCAAGAAAAAGGAUAUCAUCGAUGCCCCGCCACCAGCACCAACACCUCCAGCCAUGGACCUCACGGAACCCGAAGCAGAUCUGUGGGACUUUGGCACAACAGCUGCAAAGACCAAGUCCAAGGAGAUAGAACCUGCUGCUCCUCCCAGAAAGCUUUCCAAGAAAGAACAAAAAGAAGCUGAUAAAUUGGCCAAAAAACAGGCUGAAGCUGAUGCAAAAGAGGCAGAAGAGAAGGCGCGAGCAGAGGCCGAAGCCAAAGAAAAGGAGGAGGAGGAAACGAGAGCCCGAGAGGAAGCUGAGGCGAAAGCAAGAGAGGAGGCCGAAGCCGAGGCUAAGGCUAAAGCUAAAGCACCCAAAUUGAGCAAAAAGGAUCAAAAGAAAGCCGAUGAAGCGGCACGCAAGAAGAAACUUGAAGAGGAAGAAGCUGCGCGCAAGCAGAAAGAGGAGGAAGAGGAGGCUGAACGUGCUGCCAAAGAAGCGGAAGAGGAGGCAGCUCGUGAGGCUGAAGAACAAGCCGCCAAGGAGGCAGAAGAGAAGGCCGCCAGGGAAAAGGAGCUCGCUGAUGCUAAGAAAGCGAAGAAAGACGCCAAACUCAAUAAGGGCAAGAAGUCGUCGACGAAAGUCAACAUUCCCGACCCCGAACCUGAGCCAUUGAUCGAGUUCAGCCCCGUCAAAGAAAAGAUCGAGAUCGAGGACAAGUCGGACGUCUUCAGUUUCUGGGGUGCCAAGAAGGCGACAGGCCGGGGUACUGAGGCUACCAAAAAGGAGACGCCGUCGAAAACAGACGAGAUUGCGAUUGCUGACAAAGCAAAGGUUCUGGAAGCUACGAACCUCAAGGACACGACGACCUCUUCCAAAUACACUGCGACCUUGAUGAAGGCAUCAGCAAUUACGAAGAAACCAGUCGGAGGUAAAUUUGCUGAUAGGUUGAAAGCCUUUGAGUCACAGAAGGAGGCUGCGACGCCACCUCCUCCUCCACCCCCUCCAUCGCCACCUCCACCAGUCAUCGAGGAGGAUAAAACCAAGUCGGCGCGCUCGUCCUCGAACAAACUUUCCAAAUCCACGUCCAAAAAAUACAGAGACAAGGAAAAGGAAGUUAUCAUCGAGGAAAGCUCUCCCAGAAAGCUCUACAAAGCAAAAGACGUACCUGGUAGCUUUCCUGACGACCUCGCUGAGGACGACAUUGUUGAUGAACCAGUAGCGAUGGUCGUUGAGAAAAAGUCAGGCAAAAAGAGCAAAUCGUCCAGUAAAGCCAAAGCUCCUGAACCUGUCACUGAGCCCGAAUUGGACGUUGAAGUCAAAGAACCAGAAAUCGUCGCUCCUCCUACACCACCUCCAGAACCCAAAUCGUCUUCCAAGAAAGAGCGUCCACGUGUCGUGCGCGAUGCAGGAUCUUCGUGGGCUGCUUGGGGUGCCACUCCGCGUAAGGAGGAGAAGAAGCCAUCCAAGUCUCGUAAAUCUUCUCCAUCGAGAGAGGAGAAGAAGUCGAAAGAGUCGGACGUGAAGCGCUCCAAAUCGACCAGGAAGCCCGAGAAAGACGAGAAAAUCUCAUCGAAAGAUUCUUCCUCUGACAAAGCAGAUAGGCCACCGCUUUCGCGUGGGCUUUCGAGCAUGUUCACUGCUGCGUCGCCAAUCUCACGGUCGAAAUCCACAUCUGAAAGACGGACUAGCACAUCGGGUAGAACAAGCUCACGCCGACAUUCAGUCGUCGUCGACAGCAUCAUCUCACCUCCACCUGACGAUAUCAGAAGCCCACCAGAGAUGUCAGCCAAGGCAGCGAAGAUUCUAGGCGCUACUCCUGUGAAGCUGUCCCGGAGCAAAUCUGAACGGCAGCCUAAGUCACGUGGUAAGCUUCCUGAAUGUUCCUCCAGUUUCGAGUCUAUGAAAGCUGACAAAUUAAAUUCAGGUCUCGACGAUGAUGAUGACAUUGUCAUGGUUGGAGCAGAUGAAGACCUCACGAGUCCUGAGAAGUCGAGUCGCGAUCGUAAAUCAAGAACGAAGGUAAUUCAGAACCCAAUCUACGAUGAUCGUCCGCCGCCACCUGUGCCAAUGCCGCCAGGAGACAUCGAUAGUCCAUUUCGGCCGACCAGGAGGCCAUCUACCAGGGAUUCAUAUGCUAAUGCUAGAAAUGUCAAACAGGCAAAGCAAGACGAAGACAUCGUUAUGGUCGACGCUGGUGGUCCGUCAGAAAAUCUUGGACCUUCUGGAAUCAAACGAACGAGCUCGAGUGCUAAAAAGGCAGCUGGAUUCGGACUCUUGGGCGGCUUACUCGCUUCCAGCUCACGACCAGAAAACAAGCGCCGCAGCACAGCCUUGACGGACGACGAAGGCUUACGAGGCUUGCGUCGCGAAGACCGGAAAAUUAAACGUCCGGCCCGAGAACGAUCCGGGACCGAUGGUCUUGAUGCAGAUAUCACUAUGACUGGUGGGGCUGCAGAAGAAGACCAAGAAGCUCGUCGUGCAGCUCGACGUGCUCGCAGAGCAGAGCGAGACGCCGCCGAAAAUGCCGCUGAAAAUGCAAGAAGAGCCAAAGAGGAUGAAAGGCGCGAACGGCAUCGUAAGCGAGAAGAAGAAGCAGAGGCUCGAAGGAUUGAAGAGAAGGAAGCUCGAAGAGUAGCUCGACGAGAGCAGAAGGCUCGCGAAGAAGCUGAACGCCAAGCUAUUGAAGCAAAGGAAGCCGAACGAGCUGAGCGGCGACGAGCCCGGAGAGCCGAACGGGACUCCGAAAAAGCUGCUCAGACCGACGCCGAACCCCUGACAGAAGAUCCGGGGCGUCUGAAGCGAUCAGAUCGUAGGAGGUCUCACAUGGAAGGACCAGCCGAUGAGGAUCCUGAAGAAAGACGACGAAGACGUGAGGAGCGGCGUGCUAGGCGUGUAUCUGAGACUCCGAGGAUGAGUCGUCGCACGUCGGCGCCUGUCGUUGACAGCUAUUUCGAUCCAAGAAAUGGCACCAAGUCUCGUGGCGCGGACCCAGACUUUUCGCCUGCUGAUGGUCCUGUCUCCAGAGACUCGUCAAAGCGUAAGAAAGCUGGGUGGCCACACUCUGGUACUGAUUCAUGGGUCCAAGAGACGUCAGAUGCACCACCACCUCCCGAGGACACCCCAAAUGUCGAUAUAGUCGAUGAGAAUCUUGCUGAUGAGAAUGAGCGGCGACGCCUCAGAAAAACUCGUCGCCAUUCGCGCAUGGAAGGCGAAGAAGAUCCAGAAGAGAGGAGACGAAGGAGAGAGUCCCGGCGACAAAGUCGCCAGGACCGUGACACCAUGAAGAGCUCAGAAGGAAGCCAAGAAAACGGUCGCAGGUCGAGCCGUCGAGACUCCGGCUUUGUUGAAAGUAGAGCCCCUAGUGCUCAAGGUGGACUGUUCAGCAGAUGGAAGAAUUUGAUAUAAUAUCUAGGACAUGCAUAAUCUAAGCGUCAUCUGGGGACAGAGUUUGUUUAUCAAGGCGCGAUUUUUGGAGUUUGUUGUUGAGAUUAGGAAAGCGAUCAAGCAUUUGGGCGGUCU